AUGAGUGACGCCGUCAAGCCGCUGCAGAGUCUGCUGGACGCAUUCGGCGAACGUCUGGCCCGCGUGGAGGCGCAGCUUGGAGUGUCGGGUGCACCCGUGCCCGCACCUGCCGCCGCUGCCCCAUCCGCCGCGCCGGUAGAGCUGUCACCUCAGCUUGAGGCCUACGAUGAGUACGUGGCUCAGUACCUCCCUCCUUUCGUGGAGGUGGCUGCCAAACUCGGCGAGGACACGAAGAAACUCGGUGAAGUAACAGAGAAGGCCUUUGCAGCCCAGCGCGCCUACCUGUUGAUGGCCAGCCAAUGCAAGAAGCCGGCUACUCUUAACCCGGAGCAUCUCAAAGACCUGCAGGCUUGUAUUAAGGAGAUUAACACUCUGCGUGACAACCGCAGCGAGUUCGCCAACCACCAAAACAUGGUGAACGAGGGCAUCCAAGCGCUCGGUUGGCUCUGCGUUGAGCCCGCACCCAAGCCCUUCAUCGAGUCGUACGUGGGCGGCUCGGACUUCUGGGGUAACAAGAUCCGCGUGCAAUACAAGACGUCCAAUCCGGACCAGAUCGCCUUCGUCACGGCCUUCAAGAGCCUGUUGACCGAACUCAUGGCCUACGUUAAGGCUCACCACACGACUGGCGUCACGUGGAACCCCAAGGGCGGCGACGUGGCCAACUAUACACCCGGUGCAGCCUCGCCCGCCAAGGCUGCAUCCCCUGCUGCUGGUGGUAUGGCCAACGUGUUCGCCGGCAUCAAGUCCAUUGACCAGAGCAGUGGUAAGACCGCUGGGCUCAAGAAGGUCACUAAGGACAUGCAGACGUGGCGCAAGGACUACAAGCCCGAGGGAGCAACACCGACGCCUGCUGCCCCCGCUGCCGCCAAGAAGCCUGCCACACCCGUCAAGAUCACGAAGCCUGCUGUUUGUGAAGAGCGUAAUGGAAACUGGCAGAUCGAGUACCAGACUGGCCCCGAGCCGCUCACUGUCAGUGGUAUCAACAUGAAGCAGCAAGUGUACAUCUUUGGCUGUGAAGGUGCUACCAUUCUGCUGGAGGGCAAGGCCAAGAACAUCGUGUUCGACUCGUGCAAGAAGACCAAGCUCAUCUUCGACAACGCCGUGUCCAGCAUCGAGAUCGUCAACUGCAAGGGCGUACAGGUGCAGUGCAAGGGCGUGGUGCCGUCCGUGGCCAUCGACAAGACGGAUGGCUGCCUCGUGUACAUUUCGUGGGAAGGCCGUGAGGUGCAGUUCGUCACGUCCAAGAGUUCCGAGAUGAACGUGGCGUUCCCACAGGGAGCAGGCAGCGACGACUACGUGGAGAAGCCGAUCCCGGAGCAGUUCGUGCACAAGAUCACGGACGACCUGAGCAUCUCGUCCGACGUGUCGGACCUGUACUCGCACUAG